GUCCAGAAAGAAGCAGCACAGAGAGAGUGAUGGUCGGACACAAGACAGAGGGAAAGAUAGAUUGAGAGAGCAGUGGGUCGUUUUCUUCCAGAGUGGCUGUCGGUGGACAUCAGUUCUGGUAUUACACUAGACAUAAUCAUUUAACAGGGAUCCAGGCAGAACCAAUCAGAUUACACCAGCAUCGUGAUAACAACCUUGUGGGACAGACACAGCAGAAGGAAGAAGCAGAGAGAAGUGUUGGGAGUGUUUUGGGGACAGUGCUAGGAUGACCAGGGUGUGGCUGUGUGUUACCAUGGUGAUGGUGGUGUGUGUGUGUCUGUGGGGGUCGGCGGAGGCGGUUGGGGGAGCAGUAAGCCGACCACGACCCCAGAGGAGACCCCACAAGAAGCCCAAGGUGAACCCCAUUGACGACACCCCCCCACCGCAGAACAUUGACAUACAACAGAUGGGAGGGACGUGGUACCUGGUCAACGCAGCAUCUAAGUGUAACUUCCUGAUGAAGAACGGUCUGAAGGUGGAGGCUACGGUGAUGACCCUGAUGCCCCCCUCCUCCCCAAACACCGCUCUCUCUGUUAGCACUACCACACGCCUUAACCACCAGUGUUGGGAGAUCUUGCAGGCGUACACCAUCACCCCCACCCCAGGACGCCUUCUACUCAAUGGUAGCAGACCAUUGCUGAACACUGAGAUAGUGAUUGGGGAGACAGACUAUAGCUCCUACGCUGUGUUUUACUACCAGAAACAGGGACAGCUCACCAUGAAGCUCUACGGCAGAUCCAAGGAUACCCUUUCAGAAGCCAUCUUGGAUAAGUUUGAGGACCUGGCUGAGAAAAAGGGUCUGGGAUUGGCCUAUGUGUUCGCCUUCCCCAACUACAGUCACUGCCAGUCUGUGGACAAGGACCACGUGAUCACUUUGGGACACUCGGUGCAAAUGGUGAGAGGCAAGGGGAAGGGUGUGAUUUGGGAUUCGGACAGAUGCAGAUUGGUGGAAAAGGCAUCCACUCCCUUUAACUUUGCUAAAAAAAAAACAUCACGUUUACUCCUUCGCAGGGCAUGUGGAAAUGUACUUGCACGACGGUCAGUUAGAUAAAUUGCAUAAACAAGUUUACCUAACUGUUACCUCAUUUUGAAAAAGCGUCUGCAAAUCUAUAGCAUAGAAACAUAUUUGCAUAAUGAACUUACAUGCUUAUUUUUGUCUAACUUAAUUCACUUCGUAUAGUUUGAGUUUAUGUUUCCGUGUUACUUCUGAGCUUGUUUCAUUUUUCCUUCCCAGACUGCGUGCCAAUAUGUUGAGGAAGAUUCCAAGAGCCCAUGUUCCAACUGCUCAGCAACAUAUGGCAUAAUAAAAUGAUUGAAUUGCU